AUGUCUACCUUUACGGUUGAUUUGUGUUUAUUUGACCUUGAUGGAACCAUUGUGAGCACCACGAUAGCUGUGGAACGUGCCUGGAUUAAAUUCUGCAAAAAGCAUAACGUGAAUGCUGAAGAAUUAUUUGAACAUUCGCAUGGUGCCAGAUCAGGUGAAAUCAUGGCUAGAUUUUUCCCUCAUGUGGACAAUACAGAUAACAAAGCCACCAAGGAAUUGGAACUUUCUAUGGCUUACGAUAACAUAGAUACCGUUAGCCUGAUUCCUGGAUCUGAAAAAUUAUUGUUGGCCUUAGAUAAGGCGACUACUAAAGACGCCACGAAAAGGAAAUGGGCUAUUGUGACCUCAGGUUCGCCAUAUUUAGCAUUUUCUUGGUUUGAUACCAUAUUGAAAGACGUGGGUAAACCGGAUGUGUUUAUCACUGGCUUCGAUGUGGAGAAGGGUAAACCUGAUCCGGAGGGUUAUGGGAAGGCCCGUGAUCAGUUAUGCAAGAAUUGGGGACCUGAUAACAAACACGUGAGAACUGUAGUGUUUGAGGAUGCCCCCGUUGGGAUCAAAGCGGGGAAGGCCAUUGGAGCCAUCACUGUCGGGAUCACAUUCACCUACGACAAGAACCUAUUGUUCGAUGCAGGCGCGGAUUAUGUCGUUGCUGACUUGACACACGUCUCAGUGAUCCCCAACGCAGAUGGGACCGGCAUCACCUUGAAAGUAACGGACCCUUUGACCAGGGAUUAG